UUUCCCUUUCAGAAUCAGGUUAUUUCAUAGUUGACAACAUGACGGUUGAGCAGAACCCGAUCGCGGCUGUGGGCCAGUUCUUCAACGGCGCCCUGCGCGCCGCACAGCAGCACCCAUUUGCUCAGAAUGCAUCACUGGCACUGAAGCGUUUUCAAGCGAAGCACAUGGAGCAGAGGAGCGAGGCUCGGCUGCCUCCCCGCAUCGUUGUGCUUCCUCGUCACGCCGCGGUAGCCGCCAUUAUCCCUGGGGACUCCACCGCUGAGUUGGUGCUGACGAACGGCAUCAACAACUUCCUUAACCUGUACAACACCGCCCUCAUCGUGCGGCUGGUGCUGACCUGGUUUCCCAACCCGCCGGCGGCAAUCGUUAGCCCCCUCGCCACCGUGUGCGAUCCCUACCUGAACCUCUUCCGGGGCCUUAUCCCGCCGCUGGGGGGCACGCUGGACUUCAGCCCCAUCCUGGCCUUCGUGGUGCUCAAUCUCUUCACAAACACCGCCGCCGCGCUUCCGUGUGAGCUACGAGGGCGCACUGCUGCUGCUGCUGCCGACACCACCUCGUCUGCCUCCUCCAUGACCUCCCUGGAGCGUGAGGCGGGCCAGUGGUCGCUCAUCUCCCGCGGCGAGGCGCUCUUCAGACGCCGGGUGGCGGCACAGCGGGUGGCUGCUCAGGCGGCGGCUGGCGGUGCUCAGGACACGGUUGCGUGAGGGUGACUAGGGAGGAAACUAGGGAGGAACGAAGAAACGGGUGACGGCAGGGAGGGGAAGGGGAUCGACGACCAGGAGGACGACAAAGGCGGUGAGGGGCGGAGGAGGAGGCGGAGGAGGAGGCGGCUGGGAAUGGACAGUGAGGGACUCCUGGAAUUAAGAGAUCCGGGGCUGGGCUGAGGGCUGGGCUAAACGGUGCAGAUCUUCGCAGCGGAAUGCAGAAACCGGCACAGGUCUCUGGGAUGGGGGAGGUAAGAGGAGGAGCGGACCGGCUUUUCAAUUUGGGGAUGAAUAGCGGAUGACUGUGUGAGGUGUGACGCGGCGACGCUGAACUGUCGCUGUUGGUUGAGGGUUGCUUGUCCCCCUGCCGCCGCCAUCACCACCACCACUACCGGGGUUUUCGUUCCUGUCGCUGCGUUUCUUUCCUCCUCCGCUUCUCAAUCGGGAGGUCCGUCCAGACGGGCACGGGGGAGCUGGAGGGGAGGGGCAGGGCGGGGAGGGAGAGCGGAGAAAGGAGGCGGUCGAGAGAGGUCGGGAACGCUCAGAUUCGGACCGCGGGGUCGGUUGUGGGUUAUUCAUUCCGUGUGUUUCGGAGCGGCAUUCGACCUAUCGGCAGCUGCUGCUUGAUGAAGACGUUCUAUGGCGGGACGAGUCGCGGGGUGAACCGUUUGGGAAGGAAGGGCGACGUGCUACGCGGAUAGAGGAGCAGUGAAAGAGGGGAAUUAAGGGGCUCGAUUCCUGGCGACGCACGGGGGAACUUACGCCGCCAUAUCUGUCUGUUGCAACGAGUUUUUGUGCCCCAGGGAUCCUCGUCUUGGGACCCGGGAUAAGCUGCUACAUUUUAUACUGCCGCCACACGUCGUCCCCAAAUUUAAUUUCUCGUACGGACAGGCGUGGCGUAAUGUGGAAGUAUGACAUGU